AUGUUGAAUCUCAGUGACGCAUUGUUGUUUGUGUGCUUGAUUGCAAUGAUAAACAGUAUUUCCGGUUACGCAAUAGAUCAAUCUACAACAUCGGAAUCAAAUGAAGCAGCAACAGCGGCCCUCAAAGAACUGACCAACUUCCGAAAUAAGUUAGUGGAAAACAACGUGCAAGUUGCAAAAGAAGCUAAAACGGUCAACAGUCUCGACGAGCUGGAUGUGCUUCAGAUGCUGCCGAAAGUUAUAAGUCACAUGCGGAAAGACACUCUAACAGCGAACGAGCGUGAAGCAUUCAUGCGCUUCUACGGCAGCAUCUGGGAGUUGGUCGUCGAAGAAUCACGCCGCCAUCGAGGCGUGCCCCGAAACCCGAUCCUGGCUGCCCUUCUUGCGUCGCCGGAAAUACGCCACGGAAAGCAGGACAUUCGAAACGAGCUGGGUAACGAUGUCGAGCACAAUUCCGUCGCAAAAGUGUACCAGGGCGGGGCGUCCACCAAAGCGAUCGUGUUCGACGACAAAGAGUUGCCCGAGCGGGUCCUCCGGAUGGCUGCCGUGAUCGUGCAAAAGUAUUACCAGCGAAAGGCGAAAGCGAUUCCGGCGAACAAGAGGCAGAAAGCGAUGCAGGCACGUCGUCUGCGGAAGAUGAGCGCACACGUGCGACAGCACUCCGAUUCCGACGCCAUCCGGGUGACAAUCGAGGUGCCGCGGUUUAAGCGAGCCAACCCACUCCCCGCAUCGCUCAUCGACCAGGACGAUCUGGACGAGGAUAUGGAGGCCAAGAUUAUGGCCGCGAUUCAGGCGCAGAUCGGAAAUCCCAGCCUCGAAGAGGACGACGAUGACGACGACGAGGAGGAGGCGGACGAACCGGUUGUACAGGAGAAUGACUCGGAGUACUUGGAUGACGAGGCUGACUACAUGGGCGUCCUGGGUGAUGACGAUGACGACGAUGAUGACGAUGACGACGACGAUGAUGAAGAUAUCCGCGCGGAUCUACUGAAGGCUCACGCGCACAACUUUGAAAAUCCCUCGUUCAAUGAGCUUCUACUCCUGGCCGCUCGACACCGGGCGACGCAGCAGCAGCGAAAGCUGGAAAGGCAACACCUCGCCUACCGGAAAUCAUCCCCGAACACACCGAGCAGCGAGGAGGACUACGAAGAUUAA